UUUCGGAGCGGAGAGCUGAGCUGAGCGCGCGCACUGACAGUCUGCGGAGUUUGGAGUGGUGACAGUCUCUCUGUGUCUCUGUGUCUCUGUGUCUCACUCUGUGUUUCACUCUGUGUCUCUGUCUGUGUCUCUGGGUCUCUGUCUGGGUCUCACUCUGUGUCUCACUCUGUCUCUAUCACACACACAACCGUGUGUGUUCUGUCAGCGCGUCUCCAGGUUAUGGACGUCUAAAAAAUCAGCUGUCAUUCUACAUUUCCUGCGCAGCUGAAACAGAAUACGUGUUGUAAUGGGGAAGCAGAACAGCAAGCUCCGUCCCGAGGUGAUCCAGGACCUGUUGGAGAGCACCGAUUUCACCGAGGAGGAAAUUCAGGAGUGGUAUAAGGGCUUCCUGCGGGACUGUCCCACCGGUGCGCUCACCAUGGAAGAGUUCAAGAAGAUCUACGGCAACUUCUUUCCGUACGGAGACGCGUCCAAGUUCGCAGAGCACGUCUUCCGAACCUUCGACGCCAACGGGGACGGAACGAUAGACUUCCGAGAGUUCAUCAUCGCGCUGAGCAUCACGUCACGUGGCCAGCUCGACCAGAAGCUCAAGUGGGCCUUCAGCAUGUACGACCUGGACGGCAACGGCUACAUCAGCAAGGACGAGAUGCUGGAGAUCGUACAGGCCAUCUAUAAGAUGGUGUCGUCUGUGAUGAAGAUGCCUGAGGACGAAUCCACACCAGAGAAGCGAACAGAGAAAAUCUUCCGUCAGAUGGACAAGAACCGUGACGGUAAACUAUCUCUGGAAGAAUUUGUCGAAGGAGCAAAGAACGAUCCAUCCAUUGUGCGGCUCCUGCAGUGUGACCCGAGCAGCGCAGGGCAGUAAGGAGCAGAGCGACGCCUCCUGCUGCACGACUCUAACACUGCAGCUCUCCUUCAUCCUCAACACACAGAGUUACAUAUGCGCAUCAGUGUGAGCGGAAAUUCCAACAACCAGGAAAUGUCUGCUUAGAGAAACACACACACACACACCCAUGGACUCAGUGACUGGAGUAAAUCCCUCUGUUCGGUGCAUACACACUGUGACAGGAUAUGGCACCGUCACACAGGAAGUGCUGGUAUGAUAUUCAUUCUGCUCUGGUCUAUUACACAACGAUGAUAUCUAGGAAGUGUUAAAAAAUCUGAGAAAAUAUAGUAUCGUAGUUCAUUUAGCCACGACAUUUUCAUUAAGUACAAGUUUGUUUGUUUUUUUCAGUCAGACAAGUUCUGUGACUUGUCAACCAAACGCUCGAGCAGCCGCAGGUUUCUCCCCUACAUGUGGAAGCGUUAGGUUCUCUCGAUCACGAGCCUCGGAUUAGACACUUAGGUGUGUGGAGAUUUGAAGGAAAAUGUAUUAAACACGUGUGUGUGUGUUAAGUUAAAGCAUGCGACUGCCCGUGCGAUCGUGAAGCGCAAUCGUUGUGAUGAAGUCUGAUAAAAAAAAAAACAACCUCUUUCCAAAAACUCAACACUCCAUGUGUGUGUCGCCGUUAUUGUUUAGUACAGUAGGAGAAAUACGAGGCCUCGAGUGCCGUGGUGACCGCAGUAACAUGUGAGUAUGCUAGUCACUUCUCUAACAUUAGCCAACUAGCAUUAACCUAACCGCUUUAGCAGUAUUUAUCACCUUACUAAGUUUCAUGAAGCUACGACGCACCGCCUAAAGGGUUCUAGCGUCGUAUUCCUGUUACUAUGCUUUAAAUCGCCAAGACUGUAAUUUAUUAAGAAUUACAUCAUCACUUACUUUUUAUCUGUUUAGAGUUACUCACAAGAGUAGAGUUCUCUCUAUCACAUCACAGCAGCUGUAACCAUUCUGACAUCAGAGACUCCUUCCAGAAAUAUUACAUAAACACCUCUGUACAGGAAGCAGAAAACAUCACCGUGAGCUGUUACUAUAGAAACGUUAAGGUAUUUAGCAGCGCUGUGGUGUUAAGUGGGCAUCGUUUGCUAUUGCUAGUGCUAGUGUUAAAAAGCUCUGUCCGCUUCCUGAACACCGGGAAACUCGUAAGCUGCUUUCUCCUUUUAUGAGAUUUGACGUUCAUCUCGUUGCAGAUGUUUUUAUCUAAACCGCCAUCUGAGUUAAGCAGGAUUGAUGCGGGAAGCUAACCGCUUUCAUCGUCAUGAUCCACAUAACGCACGAGUUGUUUGGAAAUAAUGUUAGCCUAGAACAUGCGUGGACAUGUCUAAUCACGUUCCUGAUGCACUGUGAUCGGACUCGUCGGUCUUUUGUCAAGUUUUGUUUUGUUUCGAUUUUGUCUAAUUCAUGUUUGUUCAGAAUAUCAGAAAUGGUUUUUGUACUUGAAUGCAGGGCUGACAGCAAGAUGGAGACAGUCAGUACAGAGAAUUAUCAUAAUAAAUAAACUAAAUUAAUAAAUUGAUUGAUUAAUUGAUUGGUUGAUUAAAUAAUUAAUCAGGCAAGUAAUUAAUCAAUGAAUCAAUUAAUUGUGUAAUUAAUUAAUUGGUUACACAAUCAAGCACUUAAUUAAUUGUUUGAUUAAUUACUUGGUUAAUUAAUCAAGCAAUUAAUAAAUCAAUCUUUUAAUUAAUUAAAUGGUUAACAAAAAUAAAUGUUUUAAGUUUAAAUAUCCACAUCACCUGAUUUGUGCUGGUGUAAUUUUUCUUUUUGUUAGCACUUAGCAUUGAGCAACUGACUAGCCUAGCUAACCUCAUUCCUUCAGCUGUAACAGCACAAAGUCAUGUAUCAUGUAAGUGAGCAUCAGCACACGGCUACUUAGCAUCAGAUCAUCAACACGAUCAGAAUUCUUCAUAUCUGAUGGACGACUCCAGCAGUGAACACGGACAUUAAGUACUCAAGAAAGAAAAAAAAAAUUUAUAUUUAAAUGUAGGAAAUAUUUAUUCUUGUUAUUAAUAUCCAUGGCUUCUGUCACACCGUGAGAUUGUUCAACUGACUUUUUUCUUUUUAAUUUGAUGUAAAUGAUGUUGUUUAAUGUCCAGUGUAAUGUGAGGCUCGGUUCAUUCAAUGUGAAGAAACAUUUUAUGCACAAUAUUAUUUUAUAAAUGUUCCAAAUGAAUUAUAAAUGGAAUUUUACUGGU